GCAACAUUCGCGAGAAAAAAGCAGGGGUAUUGCAUGCGCGCCUAUAAAUUAUUCUUGAUCCUAGCAAAAUGCAUCAGUCUAUCCGGCAGAGCAAAAGAGCAACAUGAAACUAUUGCUUGUCGUCCUUGCGGCAGUGGCCGCAGUGAGCAGCCUUCCCGCUCCUGGUCUCUACCCUGGUCUUGGCCUCGGCCUUUACCCUAGCCUGUAUUCAGGUCUCUACCCCCGACUCUACCCCAGCCUCUACUCAAGCCUGCUACUGAAGAAAGCAGCCCUUGGCCUCUACUCGCCCUACUCCUCUCCCUUCGCCCUUCUGGCCGCCCACGACCUCCUUCGCCCUCCCACCCUGACCAUCCACAAGAAGGUGGCCGUUCCAGUUGUGAAGCCUUUCGUCGUCCCCGUCGACAAACCCGUCCCGUUUGUGGUUAAGAAGAAGGUUCCUGUUUACUACGACGCCCCUUACCCUGUCAAAAUUGAAAAGCCCUUCAAUGUUUUUGUCGACAAGCCCGUUCCCGUCGGAGUCGAUGCUCCCUACCCCGUCCCCAUUAACAAGGACAUCCCCGUGCCCUACGUCAAGGACUACCCUGUCCCCAUUGAGCACAAAGAGCCCCUGGACGUCAGCCUGGACACCACUGGCUUUUCCUCCUUCCCCGAGGACGUCCACCUUGGCAAGAAAAAGGUUUGUCUUUUGGCGGGCUGCGCCCUGGCAGCGGAAGUGUCUGAAGACAAGCGGGACAAGAGGGGUGUCUUCUCCUCCUACGGCUCUUAUGGAGACUAUGACCUGUUCGACAAGGCUUUGCCACCCACAACCGUGGAAAUCACCAAACAUGUGGGAGUGCCUGUUCCACACGCUGUUCCGUUUAUCGUAGAAAAGAAGGUUCCCUACAAAGUGCCCGCAUACUACCCUGUCGACGUUCCCCGCCCCUACGCCGUGCACGUGCCGGUGAAGGUCCCAGUCGCCGUUGAAAAGCCGUACGCCGUGCCUGUCGAAAAGCCCUACCCCGUCCACGUUCCGUACAAAGUGCCCGUUCCUGUUGCAAAGCCAUUCGCCGUUCCCUACGAAAAGCCGUACCCUGUGCCUGUGCCCAAGGCCAUCCCCUACGGAGUGCCCACUCCCUAUCUGGUGCCCAAGCCUUAUCUUGUGCCCAAACCAUACGUCACCGAUCCCUGGUGGUGAAGAGACUGCUUCAGAAAAUAUUCGAUAAAAGACUAUAACUCGGUGCUCUCAAUUUGGAAUAAUUAUUCAUCAACUAUGAGAGCUUUCCAAGAUUUAAUGCAUUAUUUGUAUUAUGUAUAAUUUUUGUAAAAUAAAAUGUUGCGUAAAGGCGAA